AUGGCCCUACUACGAGAUUUAGAAGAUUCGCCCAUCACACAGGCUAUCCUGUUACAACUUCAGCAUGUGGGCCUCAAAAAGCUUGCCGUUGGCUUCUUCCUGGCUCCAGCUAGUCUGGUGUUCGCUUAUUAUCUGGCGGCAUUGUUUUAUAGUCUCUUCUUCUCGCCUCUCAGGAAGAUCCCUGGUCCGUUCUUGGCUCGUGUGACGCGCUGGUGGGAGUACCAAGUGGUCAAAAAUGGCAAAUCCAACCUAGAAUUUAUCCGCCUGCAUAGGCAGUACGGCCCAGUUGUCCGAGUAGGACCAAAUCGAUACAGUCUCAGCCAACCCAAAGACGUCAAGAAAAUCUACGAAUUAGGAGGCAAAUACAUCAAGACCGAGUACUACAAUCCACUUCUCAGUCCUGUCGUCGAGGAGCAGAACAUAUUCGCCAUUCAAGACAAUAACCUACACAAGGAAAGGCGCAGAAAGAUCUCACCAAUGUAUACUAUGUCAUCCAUGGUAUCAUAUGAACCCGCCGUCAAUGAGAUGACAAGUAUCUGCAUUGACAAACUAUACCAGUUUGCCGAUGAAGGGCGUCUAGUUGAUAUACCACAUUUUGUGCAAUACUACGCCUUUGAUGUCAUUGGGGCCAUCACUUUCAACAAGAGCUUUGAUAUGAUGAAGAACGAAGCCGAUAAAACCGGAAUGAUUGAAGGUAUUCGAGGAGGUAACGACUUUCUGGCCUUCUGGGGAAUCGUCCCAAGCAUGGUCCCAUGGGUCAUUGGUAUCACCAAGGCACUAGGUCUUGAUACGAAAACCUCGAUCCUUCUUAGCUACACUCUUAAACAGAUUAACGAUCACCGCAAUAUGAACGCCAAACCGACUAUCAAGGAUACAAAAACGUAUGACACAUUCUUGAAGAAGGUGCUUGACCUCGAAAAAGAAGGUCGCCUCAAGCAGCCCAACCUUCUUGACGCAUGCGGCAGCAACAUCGGAGCCGGCUCAGACACGACCGCCGUCACGCUGAGCUCUGCUCUGUAUUAUCUCUAUAUGAAUCCCGACAAGCUGGAGAAGCUGCGACAUGAGAUUGACCAGAAGGCCAGGCAAGGGACUAUUUCGGACCCGCUCACCUUCCAAGAGGCACAAGGUAUGCCGUAUCUGCAGGCCGUCAUCAAGGAAACACUGCGUAUUCACCCAGCCGUCGGUACCAUCCUGCCCCGUGUCGUACCUCAGGGUGGCAUGGAACUAUCAGGGAUCUACUUCCCUGAAGGAACCGAGGUUGGUGUUAACGCAUGGGUCUUGCACUACGAUGAGAAGAUCUACGGCCCAGAUCCCAAAGUUUUCAGGCCUGAACGAUGGCUUGAAGGUGAAAAAACGAGCAUAAUGGACUCGAUGAUGUUUGCAUUUGGAGCUGGUGCCCGAACCUGUAUCGGCAGGAACAUCAGCUUGCUUGAACUCACCAAGGUGGUGCCACAGAUUGUCCGAAAAUUUGAUAUGGUGAUUGAGGAUGCAGACAAGCCCUUGGACACCUUUUGUGCCUGGUUCGUGUAUCCUUCCUACAACGGCCGAUUCAAGGUGCGAGAGACAAAGGCAUCGACUUGA